GAAGCCUGAAAUUUGAGGACGAAGUGACGUCAAUUCGCUCUGAGGUCACGAAUUUACAAGGUCAAGGGGUCAACAAGAUCAUCGCUCUGGGUCACGCGGGAUUUGCCGUGGACACCAAAAUAGCAACGGAGGUGGAAGGGGUGGAUGUUGUGAUUGGGGGUCACACCAAUACCUUUCUAUACACAGGCACAGCGCCUUCUGUAGAGAAGCCGAGUGGUGAUUAUCCUCACGUGGUCAACAAAGCCAAUGGCGAGAGAACGCUUGUCGUUCAGGACUACACAUUCGGAAAGUAUCUGGGCUUUUUACAAGUUCAGUUUGACAACACAGGGAAAGUUGUUUCCUACGGUGGAAAUCCGAUCCUACUUAACAACAGUAUUGCAGAAGAUCCAACCGUUAAACAAGUGGUAGAUACAAUGUUUUUGGAAAUAGAAAAUUCCACCAAAGAAGUCAUUGGUAGAACGUUAGUCAAGAUGGAGGGAUCAAGACCAGCGUGCAGGCUGAGGGAAUGUAACAUGGGGAAUCUGGUGGCGGAUUCUUUUGUGUACAUCAACUUGAAGAAUGCCGACACCAUUAACGCCACUCGCGUGUUCGUCGCCAUCGUUAACUCAGGCUCCAUCCGGGCAUCGUUUGAAAGAGGAACCGUAACUCUGGGUGACGCUAUCACUGUUCAGCCAUACAGAAACACCAUGGACACGAUCCAACUGAAGGGGAAGUACUUACGCCAAGCUCUGGAACUGAGUGUGACGUCAUACGACACAGAAGACCCAGAUGGCGCGUUUUUACAGGUGUCUGGAAUAAGAGUGAAAUAUAAUCUAAAAAAUCCAGAGAGACAACGAAUUGUAGAUGUGAAAGUGGUUUGCUCUGAAUGCGAAGUCCCGGAAUAUUUACCGUUAGACAAUGAGAAAUUCUACGACAUUGUUUUGUCAAAUUACCUACUGAAUGGUGGGGAUGGUUAUACGAUGAUUCGAGAUAAUGCUGUACAGACGCAUGUUGUUGGUAUUUUGGACACGGACGUGUUCGCCGAAUACAUAAGGGCCACAUCACCCCUCAUCACUGGAGUGGAUGGAAGAAUAGAAUUUGUGGAUAGCAACGAGUGUUUAAUUACAAGUACCGGAAGUAGAUCAAGUGAAUUUCCGGUUUUUCAAAUGUUAUUCUUUGCUUUAGUUUUCAUUUGCUUGUGAUAAUUUGUAAUGGAAUGAUAAUUUGUAAAUAAGAGAGAGAGAGAGAGAGAGAGAGAGAGAGAGAGAGAGAGAGAGAGAGAGAGAGAGAUGCAUGCUCUUAAAACAAAUGAAUUGCAUGUACGCAUAACAUAAAUUUAUAAAUUUAUACGUUAUUAUGAAAGUGCAUUGUGUGAUUUCAAAGUUAAGGCGAUGUUCUCUACUGAUUGUUGUAUUUUUUGUAAGUAUUUUUAUUUACAUUAUUUCAAAGUGAAAUUCAUGAAUGUUUUUUUUUACUGUAUAUCUUAUUGAGACAUCAUGUCAGAAAAAUCACUCAUGUGUUUUUUUUUUUAUAGUCGUGAGGAGUGCGUGUUACAGUAUAUUGAUAUUAUAUAAGAGUUGUUCACUGUAAUAUUGUUACAUUGACCUACAUAAUAUACAAUUAAUACAAUCGACCAGCGAAGAAGCCAUCUCAUCAUUAAAGAAAUCUUAACGUUCUCUUGUCUGCGUUUAUAUAUGUACAUGAGUGCAAUAAACUUAAUAUUCUUGC